GUGCCCGCCCCGCGCUGGCCACGGUCGCCUGUCGCUGGCUGUGCGGGCCGCGGGCUCGGCCGCGCCAGGCGGGAGGCAGCACCAAGGGGCCGAGCCGGGAACCCGUUCCUUCUGUUUGAUACAUUCAGAUGUUUACAGCUGGUGUGACUGCUCAGCCUUCUGUGCUUGACAUGCAAAAACCGUGUCCAUUUCCACUGAAGGUCACGGUCUGUGCUUGCUGCAGAAAUGCUUUCUGAACAGCCUGCAGCCCUGGGAGCAGGAUGGGAGUCAACAAAUGUGCAUCUGGAUGGAGCACAGCCCCAGAUGGAGAGAGGAAACCAGGAAGAGGGCCCAUGGAGAGCAGCACCAGGGCCGCUGGAGCACCUUCACUGUGACCUUGAAGAGGAGCCACUGUCCCUUCAGGAGAAGUCUCAGUCUGCUCCCUGGGCUCCUGCAGUUCCCCAGGAGGGCGACACUGCAGACUGGGAAAUGGCAGCCGCACUUCUUGCAGCUGGAUCCCAGGGACUGGUAACCAUCAAGGAUGUGUCAUUGUGCUUCUCCCAGGAGGAGUGGCGGAGCCUGGAUCCCUCGCAGACAGACUUUUAUGGAGAAUAUGUCAUGCAGGAAAACUGUGGGAUUGUCGUCUCUCUGAGGUUUCCGAUUCCCAAACUGGACAUGCUUUCUCAGUCAGAUGGAGGAGAAGAACAGUGGGUACCUGACACCCAGGACAUAGAAGGGAGAGAUAUCCUGAAGGUCACAUAUACAGGAGAUGGGAGCGAACAUGAAGGCGACACUCCUGAACUCGAGGCGGAACCUCCCAGGAUGUUAUCCAGUGUAUCUGAAGACACUGUUCACUGGAAUCCAGGGCAGGCUCAGAGCUGGGAGUCCAUGUCUAGGGGCCCCAGAGAGAUGCUCCUAAGCCCACCCUUUCUUCGGGAAGACAGCUUCUCAAGCCUUCUGGGUAGUGCUGAGAUGGACUCUCUCUUAAAACCGCAUACAUGCCCUCAGUGUGGGAAACGGUUUGUGUGGGGCUCCCAUCUCGCCAGACAUCAGCAAACACACACUGGGGAGAGGCCCUACAGCUGCCUCAAGUGUGAGAAAAGCUUCGGGCGAAGGCAUCACCUGAUUAGGCACCAGAAAACCCAUCUACGUGACAAGCCAAGCAGGUGUUCUGAGUGUGGCAAGAAUUUUCGAUGCAACUCCCAUCUGGCCAGCCACCAGAGAGUACACGCGGAGGGCAAGUCCUACAAGGGCCAAGAGAUCGGAGAGAGUCCCGGGGCUGGGAAACAGCCGCUUGCCCCACCAGUGCCAAAGUGCCAUGUGUGCACUGAAUGUGGAAAGAGCUUUGGCCGAAGGCACCACCUCGUCAGACACUGGCUGACCCAUACUGGGGAGAAGCCCUUCCAUUGCCCUCGCUGUGAGAAGAGCUUUGGCCGCAAGCACCACCUGGACAGGCACCUGCUGACCCACCAGGGACAGAGUCCUGGGAGCAGCUGGGACAGAGGGACAUCUGCCUUUUGAAAUCUGUCCCUUCUGUAGCUAUGGUCAAACCUCUCGGUCGGUGCUAUCAGCAGGCACUGCCAGAGCUGCCCCUCUCCUGGACCCUGAUGGCCAGAGCAUUUCUUACCAGUUCAAACAAAAGCGGAGUUCUAUGGGCAAAAUUUUGGGAAACAGUGCAAAAUCUGUGUGUGAUUGUUCAGCUUGAACCUGCUGCCAAGAAAACAGUGGAACCAGUAGUGAUGGGUGAGGUUCGUUCUCAUUGGUUGGAGUCUAUAUUGGAGUCUAGAUUUCAUACAUCACCCUAUGUGCCGACUAUUUUAUAUCCCCUUUGAUAAGGGGAUAUAAAGUGAAAGGGGCCAUGCCAGUAUAUCAAGGGCCCUGAGAACUACUGCAGUCAAAUUAGUGUCUAUUAAUGCAAUGUUUCCUAAGAGUAUUUGGCCUCACUAUCUAUUUCAGAUUCCCACAGAACAGGUGACCCUGUGAAACAUAUUUCUGUCAUCACUGGGUUAAAAGGCAACGCGGAAACAAGAAAGAAACAUGACCAGGCACUCAGACCCCCAUCUUUAUCUAUGAAAGCAUGGGGGCCAGGCAUUAUUGUAUAGGUCUAUCAUCCUUCCCCAACAUUACAUGUGCCUCUCACCCUUACCUCUGAAAAACAUAGAGUGGCCUUUCACUCCCUAUUCUCUCUCUCUCUCUCUCUCUCUCUCUCUCUCUCUCACACACACACACACACACACACACACGUCUAAGGAUCAGGUUACAAAGCUAAAGGAUGGACCUUACACCCCAAGUAGUCCAGGCCCACGCCGAAGAAAACACUAUUUCCCUCAAGAGCCUUCCCUUUGUAUUUGGUGUCUGUGUGUACCUGUGAAGGGUCUUUGUGGAGAGCAUGCUCAGGGCAGACUAAACGCGCUAGGUUUUCUAGGAUUGAGUUCUAGGGUAAGACUAGUGGGGACAGUAUGUGUUUCUGGUUUUGUUUGGUAAAGGGAUUCUCAGUAGAACGGUGCAAUGGUGGUUUAAAGUUGUGAACAAAGUUUCCCCCGGUAUUCUUGGGAUGUAGACGUUUGUGGAUUUGUAUAUCUAUGCCCGAAUCUCUGUGAUGAAAAUUAUUUUUUCCCACAUAGAUGGAAAGAGACUAUUUUUUGUUGACUUCAAGCAAGGUGCCAGCGGGUCGUGUUCAGUGCAGUUUUGUCUUGUUUUAAGUGCUAGAGAUUCGGAGAGGAAAGGCAGCACCGGAAGUCACUCCCAUCGUUCUUGUUGGAUUUUCUUAGCUUCUUCAAAGGGAAGAACUGUUGUCAAGCAUCUCAUUCCCCAGGAAAAGGAACUUUAAGGGAAAAGGCUGUAGCUUGGCCUGGCAGCUGGUGAGGGUAAAAGAGCUCUCUGAGAGGGCUCCUCUGUGUUCUGGGAAUGACUUUACACUGAGACUCUUGACUCUAAGUUAGCCGCCUGCACAACAGCUCCUACCAAUGCUCUCACGUUGUUGGCUCAUGAGUCGGCCACUGUUUUUCAUUUUGGUGGUGGUAUUAAUCUUACAAUCCAACCAGUUUUAUAACGUACAAUUUAUCUUCUAUAUAAGAGAAGUUUGGAGUUGGGGAAGAAAAGAGCAAAGUACGUAAAAGUGGGUAUUUUUCUCUUCAAGGUUUUCAUACUGUUUUUGUUUCCCCUAAGAUAUCCGUUUCUCGAACACAGUUGGAAUUAGCCAGAGAAGCAGGAGGAAGUGGUUUGCAGCAAUCUAGUUGAUGCGGGUUCUGCUCAGAAAUAUCUGGGUGAAUCAGACAGAGCUCUUGGACCCUGGGCUCAAGAGGAAUUGAAAUAGAGUCAUUUUGCUGACUGGACAUCCUUGUUACUUAAGUAUCCUCACACCAACUCCCGCCUGCUGCUGAGACUAGCCUUCCUUCUGGAGCCAGAAUGCAUUUGUCUUGUGUUCUGAUGAAUUCAGCAAAAGCAGACAGCCCUUUGCGAGCAGACCUUACCCUAGGCCCCAGGAACAAGGUCAGUUUGGAGUCAGUGUUGAGAAGGAGAAAAAUCCCCACCUUAAGUCAGUUCUGGGCAAUGCCCUCUGUAAGAGAACACAUUUCAAAGGCUCAUUGUGGUAUCUCACACCUGUAAUACCAGCGCUUGGGAGGCAGAAGCAGAUGGAUCCCUAACUUCUGGGUUGGCAAUGGAUAUGUAAUGAGAUUCUGUCUAAAAAACUAGAAGUAAUUUAUUCCUGCCUGACUCGUGGUUGUUGUAUAGAUGCCUGCGUCAAGAAGUACAAGUCAAGAUUCGGGACAUAUUCUAAGGAUUAAAAUCCUAGAGGAGUCGAGAGAUGAGGACAGGGCCGGGUCUACACUACUGGGUCUGCUUACACCAUCCUCUGUCCUGAGAGACACGGGCACACUCACAGCUCAGCUCGCACAGCUGGCUUUAAGGGCAUGCGGGAGUUACCUUCCGUCCUAUCAAAUUAUGCCUGGUGAUAACCACACGUCACCUCCAGCCUUUUCUCUCUCGUAGUCAUCACAGGGAUAGGAAGAGGAGCCCCCAAAGUGCAGGUGCACGUAGAGCACCCCACUGACAGGCAAGUAGAGUCCAUGGGCUUUGUGCAAAAGGAACAGCCCUUUGGCUCAUUCCCUCAUCUGGUCUACCUCGGUCCAAUACCACCAUCUUUGGACAAAUAAUAAAACAAACAACAGCCAUUAAAUGAAUGAAUAGGUCUGUUUCCCCCACCCACACAUAGGAAACUUUCCACAGCUUCAACCUUUCACCUUCUCAACUCUGUACCUCAUAACCACACUAUCCCUUUAACUUUUUAAUGUUUUGUGUGUAUGAGUGUUUUGCCCGAAUGGACGUAUAUGCUCUACGUGUGUCUGAUGCCCUCGGAGGUCAGACAUGGGUAAUGGAUCUCCCAGAACUGUCAUUAUGGACGAUUGUGAUCCACUGUGUGGGUGCUGGGAAUGGAAUCCCUGUGCUCUGCAAGAGCAACAAGUGCUCUUAAAUGUUGUCACCU